CUCUCCCACCCGGGAGCUCUUCUUCGAGGCGCGGCAGAGGGGGCCCGGCCAGGCCGGGCGCGGGGCGCGGCCGGGCCCUGCCUGCCAGACCAGCACCUCGGCCGCCUCCCCGCUUCGCCGGUGCCCAUGCCGGGCUCCCCAUGACGGGAGGACGCCCGGUGGACAGCGUGGCAUGAGCCAGGAGCCCGGGCCCAGACCGAGCGAGGAAGAUGUCGAGCCCGGGCGUCGACGGCGACCCCAAGCCUCCAUGCUUGCCUCGCAAUGGCCUGGUGAAGCUGCCAGGCCAGCCGAACGGCCUGGGCACAGCCAGCAUCACCAAGGGCACGCCGGCUGCCAAGAACCGCCCCUGCCAGCCACCCCCGCCCACCCUCCCACCACCCAGCCUGGCUGCCCCACCGCCCCGGGCUGCUCUGGCCGGGGGCCUGUGCCCCCAGGCAGGGCUCCCCCUUGGUGGACCAGCCUUAGCCCCAGUGCCCGGGCCCCCAGUAGAGCGGCCGCCACUGGCCACAGACGAGAAGAUCCUCAAUGGCCUCUUCUGGUACUUCUCAGCUUGCGAGAGGUGCGUGCUGGCCCAGGUGUGCAAGGCCUGGAGGCGUGUGCUCUACCAGCCCAAGUUCUGGGCGGGCCUCACGCCUGUGCUGCAUGCCAAGGAGCUCUACACAGUUCUGCCUGGAGGUGAGAAGGAGUUCGUGAACCUGCAGGGCUUCGCAGCACGUGGCUUUGAGGGUUUCUGCCUGGUCGGUGUCUCCGACCUGGACAUCUGUGAGUUCAUCGACAACUAUGCCCUCUCCAAGAAGGGUGUCAAGGCCAUGAGCCUCAAGCGCUCCACCAUCACUGAUGCCGGCCUGGAGGUGAUGCUGGAGCAGAUGCAGGGUGUCGUGCGCCUCGAGCUGUCAGGCUGCAACGACUUCACCGAAGCUGGGCUGUGGUCCAGCCUGAGCGCGCGCAUCACCUCGCUGAGUGUGAGCGACUGCAUCAACGUGGCCGACGACGCCAUCGCGGCUAUCUCUCAGCUGCUGCCCAACCUGGCUGAGCUGAGCUUGCAGGCCUACCACGUGACGGACACAGCACUGGCCUACUUCACGGCACGCCAGGGCCACAGCACGCACACGCUGCGCCUGCUCUCCUGCUGGGAGAUCACCAACCACGGCGUGGUCAACGUGGUGCACAGCCUGCCCAACCUCACCGCACUCAGCCUCUCUGGCUGCUCCAAGGUCACCGACGAUGGUGUCGAGCUUGUGGCCGAGAACCUGCGCAAGCUACGCAGCCUCGACCUCUCGUGGUGCCCACGCAUCACCGACAUGGCGCUCGAGUACGUGGCCUGCGACCUGCACCGCCUGGAGGAGCUCGUGCUGGACAGGUGUGUACGCAUUACGGACACUGGCCUCAGCUAUUUGUCCACCAUGUCGUCCCUUCGCAGCCUCUACCUGCGAUGGUGCUGCCAGGUGCAGGACUUCGGGCUGAAGCACCUCCUGGCCAUGAGGAGUUUGCGUCUCUUGUCUCUGGCAGGCUGCCCGCUGCUGACCGCCACCGGGUUGUCGGGCCUGGUGCAGCUGCAGGAGCUGGAGGAGCUGGAGCUGACCAACUGCCCUGGGGCUACCCCCGAGCUCUUCAAGUACUUUUCGCAGCACCUGCCCCGCUGCCUCGUCGUCGAGUAGCGCAGGGCCUUCCCGCCUCUCGGCCCCUCGCUCUCCUCCCGGCCCCGCCUCGAGCAGGGAGGGCGGUGGGCGGGCCAGCCCCGCGCACGCACGCACGCUCGGGGAAUUUGUGCAUGCCCCUCGCACCCGCAACUGCACGCCCGCCCUCCACCACGCCACAGCCGCAGCCAUCCUUUGCCCGCCCGCUGGGUGCGGGGGGCUGGGGCUCGGUCCUGCGGGCGCUUUGAGCUCGUCAGACGGCCGCCCCUACCGCCUUCCCCGCCACACCCCUCUCUGUCUCCCCGCUGUCCCCCCCACCCCUGGCAGGGCCCAGGGGGAUUGAGGGGAGCUGGGUCCCCUCAGGACACGGGGGCCCGGAAGAGACCCCAGGGCUUCCCGCAUUUUCCACUGCACCGCGCCUGGAGCCCUCCGAGGGGUGCGAGGGGAAACAGGCCGCCGCCAAAGCCAUGGC